CGGGCGGCGGCGCGGGCGGGGGGCGGCGCGGAGCCGCCGGCGUGGUGGGAGCUGGAGGCGGAGCUGCCCUCCAGCCUCGAGGUGGAGCCGCGGGUGAUCGACUCCGCGCUGGACCUCUGUCGAAGGAGGAAGGGCUGACCCUGUUCCGCGAGCGGCACGGCUGGUGCCCCUACUCCGAGCGCGUCUGGCUGGCGCUGGAGGCCAAGGGCCUCAGGUACGAGACGGUGCUCAUCGACAACACGGGGCCCGGGCGCAAGCCGCGGUGGUGGGGAGGCAGCACUCCCCAGGUGCGCUGGGCGGACGGCAGGACCCAGAAGGAGUCGCUCGACAUCGUGAGGAAGCUGGACGCGGAGUACCCCGAGAGCCCCCAGCUGUGGCCCGACGAGGAGGUGACCAGGCUGGUGGACGCCUUCAGGGACAUCUUCCCGAAGGGCACCAGGCCCUCGUCGCGGGCGGCGUUCCUGUUCUCGGGCUACGGCGACAUGCCGGUGUGGAGGUCGGAGUUCGAGAAGACGCUGACCAAGACGGACGAGCUGCUCGGGAAGCACGGCGGCCCGUUCUUCUACGGCGCCAGGCUCACGGCCGCGGACGUGGCCUGGGCGCCGUUCCUGGAGCGCUACUCCGAGCAGCUGCCCUGCCUCCACGCCGGGCUGGACCCGCGGGACCCAGGCCGGUGGCCGCGCCUGUCCGCGUGGUACGAGGCCAUGAUGGACAGGGUGCCGGCCUAUCCAGCCCGCCUGCGGCAGUUCCCGCCGCCGUGGCAGCUCGGCACCCCGGGUCGCGACCCGCUCGAGGAGCGCGCAGGAUGCCGCCACGCGUGGCCCAGCGCGCCCUGCCCGACCGAUCUGCGCGAGCGCCAGGUCCGCGGCAACAGUCUAGGCCUCCUAGAUAAUUAGGGGUCGGAGCAGAUGGGGUCAGAGGGUCGCGC